GAGUAUGUGUAUUUCAGACAUUUAAAGGCGUGUUUUAACGAAUAUUUUUUCAGAUACUUUUUGCCAUUAAAGGUGGAGGAGUGUCCGUCCAGAUGGAUUUGCUGCACUUCCUUUGCGGGCUUGCAAUUUUCUUUGUCGUGUUGGCUAAUGCUGAAGAAAACAACGAGGAUGGUCCACCAGCUUUUCAUAAUGAUGCCCUCAAAAUCAAGUCAGAUGAAGAUAGCGAUGGUGAUGAUGGUAACGAUGAGGUCGGUGUUCCACCGUGGCUAGUACCAUUAUAUGACAAGGUUGAUGCGGAAAAUAAUUUAGAUGAAGAUAGCGAUGGUGACGUUCGUGAUGACGAUGAGGUGGAGUCAUCAAUGAGAAAUGAUAGAGUUAACUUCGUUGUUGCAUCUGACGUAAAAGAUGCUUAUCCAUAUUACGGACGUCGUCGCCGAUCCAAAAGACGUCGUCAUCUUUCUAGAAGAAGACGUCGUCGUUCUUCUAGAAGAAGACAAAGGGUUCUUUCUGGUUGAAUCAUUGUUUGAGGAAAAUGGUUUGAAGUGUGUACUGUAAUGGCGGAUGGUUUUUACUUUUUGUAAUAUAUGUACAACACUUUUGUGGUAUUUUUU